AUGGAGCCCGAGCAGGAGUCGUCUCCUGAUGGCAUGAGUGUGGAGGGCCUUGCUACCGAAUGGGAUGCCGUCCCUGAGCUCCGAGAACUCAUGCGCACAGGGCGUGCGCUGUUUUCAGAGGCCUCUGAAAAACAGGUUGACAAGAACACCCCAAUCAAGAACGAAGCGGUGCUGCUUCCCUUGCUGUCUCGCAUGCAGAUGGCUGGCAAGGUUUUGCCGAACAUCGAGGAUCUUCGGACUGAGGUCAGAGCCUUCUAUGUCUUGUGCAAGCGCGAGUUCCAUGAGGUUGAUGAUGUUCACCGUGCUGCAUGGUUGAUUCGAAAGAACUUGGUCUACAUGAAGAUGAAGUGUAGAAGAAGAGAAUUUUCGACUGACAGCACCUUCCAGAAGCUUUGCUUGACCCUCUCGCCAGAGCUCCAGGAAGAAGUGGAUGCUUUCAAUGAGAGACAACGCUCGCGAAGCAGCAGGUCCGCUUUAGAUCCCGAUGUCAUGGAUUCAGAUGAAGAUGCUUGGGAGGAGGGUGGCCCUGACGACAAUGAUUCUGCUGAUGGUGACGAAGCCGAUAUGGAUCCGGCUGCUUUGUUGGAUCGGUUUCGCUCCUUGACGGGGCAAGCCGAAGACGCUCGGGCUGCAAGUGCCGAUCCACCCAGCGGCGAGGGCUCUCUGGGUGCCGAUGAUGUUCCUCGCCCAACCGAGCGAGAGAUGGAGGAGCUCGAAGCUGAGGCGGCCCCACCACGUGUGGAGCAGCCUUCUGAGGAUCCGAUUUUCGGGCCGUUCCCCGUGAUUUGCAUCGACGAUGAGGAAGACAAGGCGCCGGAGCCAGAGGUGACGCCGCCUGUCAAGGUGACAUGGACCUCGACGGCCCAAGACGGAAAGGCUCUCGAACUGAAGAGACUUCGCUUGGAGGCGAUCAAGAAGAAGUUGAAGCAGUGGCUUGGCUUCGCAAAAAAAAUGACAAGACAUGCUGAGUAUGUCAAUACGCAGGCGGCCUCGGAUGAUGAUGAGACCCUGCCCCAUGACAUUAUGCAGGUGCCGACAGCACCUGAGCCUGCUGAGGCUGAGGUUUCGGAUAUGGAGGUCGGGGCCGAUGCUUUGAGAAGAUCCUAUCAGUACGGGGCACGCUUGGGAGAUUCCUCGGCAGUGACUUUGGUCUUGGGUGAGCACAUGGAUGAUUCGGCGGAGACUUUGGUUGACGACGAGCCAAGCCCCGACAACGAAGCUACUCAAGAGGCUUUGGUUGAGGGUGAGCCGCACUCCGAUCAGGAAGAACCGCCAGAUGAGCCGCAGUCCGAUCUGCAGACUUUGGUUGAGGGUGAGCCGCAAUCCGAUCAUGCAGCUGUCGCCGAGACUUUGGUUGAGGGUGAGCCGCAGCCCUUCACGCCUGACCAGGAUGACGAGGAAUACAUCACUCGAAAGGACCAGUUCGUCUCAAAGAGAGCAAAGCAUGAGGCGGAGACUCGGGGUGCAGGUCGCCGGAAGGCCAAGCGGAGCUCCCGCUCGGCCCGGAGAUUGUCUGUGUUGCGCAAACGCAACAAGAAGCGCCGAGCGACCAGAGAUGCAGAUGGACAUGAUUCGUGGCACCCCGAAGAAGAGGAGCAAGAACCACCAGAGACCCCGCCCAAAGCAGAAGAGAGUGCGCCAACGAAGUCGGGAAAGGCCAAGGCUAAGCGCUCGGCAAACAAGAAAUUGCAGAGGGUCGAGGAUGUGUUUCCGGUUUUGCACAGCGAGCACGAGCUCUACGACAGUGAUGCGAUCUUUCAGAUUACGGGCUCGGUCUGCAGGUUCACAUCGAAAGGCCCUGAUACCGAGCAGCUCCGCAAGGAACUGCGCAAGGAGCUGGAUGUGAAGCUAUCCUGUGUCUAUCUGAAUAUCUACUGGACAAAGCUCCGAACCGGCUUGCAUAUCAAGGCGAGCAACCGCGACUACUUCCUUCAGUCUUUCUACAUGGAGCACAAGGCCGGUGGUGUGGAUUGGAGCUUGGCCAUGGCCCUUUCGAUCAAAGUUGCCCAAAUCAUAGCUUCGAACGUCAACGAGCUCAUCGAGGGCUCCAUUGCAGAGCUUUCCGAUGAUGCCGAUGCAACAGCUCGGGACAAAGCUGUGGAGGCCGUGAUGGCAAGGGCAGAUGUGCUCCGCAUGAAGGAUAUGAUCAGGUACAAUGGUGGUCUGGUCAUGAAGCGGCUUCUCGGGCACUCUGAGUGA